CUUCCCAACAAUCGACUUUUGUUGGUGGUGGGUGCAUUUGUUUGUGCGUAGAAAGGAAAGCGUAAUAACCCCUCCUGAUAUCGAUAUCGAUAUCACAUCACAAAAAACAAUAAACCAAAAAAAAAACGCUACAAACUAUUAUUUUGUCUGCCAGAAAAAAGGAAUUAGCAGCUGGACGUAGCCAAGUUGCCACAUCAACUGACCGACACCAGACACCACAGCACCCAGCUCCACCAUGGACAUCAUGGAUAUCCAGGCCGUAGAGUCCAAGUUGAGUGACGUCACGGUGACACCGAUACCGCGCAGCCAAGUGCAGAAUUUCUACAAUUACCAGCAGCAGCGGGAGCAGCGCGAGCAACAGCCCCAGAUCCAGAUAUCGGCUAUCCACCACUCGCGUGGAUCCGGUGGCGGAGGAAGCGGAUCCAAUUCAUCCAACGCGGCCACGGACUACUCCACAAGCAGCGGUGGCAAGCGGGAGAGGGACCGCUCCUCCGCCAGCGACUACAGCAGCUCGUCCAGCAAACAGAGUUCCGCCGCAGCGGCCAAUGCAGCAGCAGCUGCUGCCGCCGUCGCUGCCCUCCAGUACUCCCCGCAGUUCCUCCAGGCCCAGCUGGCCCUCCUCCAGCAGCAAUCGAACACAACAGCCACGCCGGCAGCCGCCGCAGCUGCGGCCCUCUCCCUGGCCAACAUGUGCUCCAGCAAUGGCGGACAGAGGAACUCCGGCUCCGGUGGCGGUGUCUCCUCGACCUCCUCGGCCAGCAAUGGCCAGAGCAUGGGCCUCAACCUGAGCUCGUCGCAGCUGAAGUACCCCCCACCCUCAACCUCGCCUGUGGUGGUGACCACCCAAACUUCGGCCAACAUCACCACGCCGCUGACCUCCACGGCCAGCCUGCCCUCUGUGGGACCGGGCAAUGGGCUGACCAAGUACGCCCAGCUGCUGGCCGUCAUCGAGGAGAUGGGACGUGAUAUCCGGCCGACGUACACGGGCUCGCGCAGCUCCACGGAGCGGCUCAAGCGGGGCAUUGUACAUGCUCGCAUCCUGGUGCGCGAAUGUCUCAUGGAGACGGAGCGAGCGGCACGCCAAUGAGAGGAGGAGUCACUGGUGCCACAGCUGACGUCGCCGGAUUGAAAUGGACCAGGAGGCGAGGAUCAUCCCCAUCUAGCAAGUAGGUUAAUUUCCCCCAACAAAAGAACACGGACAGAAUGGGUCGAAUUCGUAAUCUUUGCACAGUUGUGAGCCAAAUCCUCUUGAAUAUCAUAGGAAUAAUUUAGUUUUAAAGCUUUCCAAAGGUUUUAACUAAAGACAAACGAAAGUGCUCAAACAGAGCCUUCGGGGUUUUCUUUCUAAGUUCGAAUUCUUUGCUAGGCAUUCCAAAUUGUUAUGAUGAAUCGCACUAAUUUUAAUAUUAUAUUUAUCAAAUUCUCACAUUCUUAAACAUAGUUCAGUUAAAAGAAAGUUGUUUUAAGUUCAGUCUCGACAUGGCUAAAAAGAAAUUCCUUCUAUUUUCCACGGAAGAUGUUCAGAAUGCUCCAAAGAUUGCCUAUAGCAAAGAUCCAUCCUGUCCCCAAAUAAGGAUUAAAGAAUAGCAAUUUGUAUUAACUUGUAAGCCCCCAUCAACUUAAUGGCCCUCGGGCCGCCGGACCAUAGUUAAAGAAUGUUUAGACUAGCUCAGGUUACAAUCGGUUAAAUCGACAAUGCAAUAGCUACAGCACAAGUUAUUGGACCGAACCGAUUCGCGCUGAUCGCCUCGGAUUUGUAAGUUUGCCGAAUAGCAAUUAAUCUGUAUCCGUAAACGCAAGACCAGGAUGCACCUGUGUCUGCGUCAUGCAUGCGAUUAAUUAUCUUUUGGCAAUUGACGAGGCGGAGCAGAUCCGUCGAGGAGAUGCAGGGCAGGAUGUGUGCGAGUUUGUCACUGCCGGGUAGCUCCUCGUUAUUUUAGAGAACUAUACAAAUGCAUAUAUGUAGUUAAGCAGAGAUAUAUGUAUACAUAUAUACUUGUUAUGCAAGCAAACAGUGUGCAUGUCCAAGUGAAUGGUGAAUUAGUGGCAAUUGACACGAGAAUAUUUAUAUAUGUAUACACAUAGAACACAACUUGUAUAUUUACUAUAUGUAUGAGCAAAUACGACUAAGUUCAAGCCUGU